AUGGCGCAGCAGCAAGACGGCUCGAGCCGCCUCGCGGCCGUGCUCCGGCCGCUGGCGCUGUCGCCGCAGGCCGCCGUGUGCCGCCCGCUCGCCGAGACCUGCCGCGCGCUCUACGACAAACGCGACGACGUGCGGCGCGCCGUCAUGGCGGCGCUCUUCGACGGCGAGCCGGCCGCGCUCCGCGCGACCGGGCCGUCGCUGGACUGGUCGCGCGACGACGACCGCGACGACGACGCCGUGCGCUUCGACUUCUCCGUGGUCGACGCGCCGGCGCGGGAGCGCGCGAACGCGGCGGCCGCGCGGCUCGGCGUGCGCGACGUGUGGUCCGCGGGGGACCUCGCGGCCGCCGCGCAGCGCGUCUUCGACGAGGUGUCGCGGCCCGGCGGCGACUGGCUCGCCGACGCGUCGCGCGCGUGCCCGCGGCUCCUCGACGUCGCGCGCGUCGUCUUUCAUUGUGACAGGUGUACGCGGACGCGCGACGACCGCGGCGACUUUCUCGCGCACGCGCUUCGCUGGCCCAUCGACCUCGAUGGGCUAACAAAAAAAUACCCGUCGAUCGGCGAGAUCCUCGCGUCCCUCGACGACGCGGCGGUCACGCUGCAGCGCGCCGACGACGUGCUGCUGUCCUACGCCGUGAGCCACGAGCGCUUCCGCUGCGACUUUUCGACGGCGUCCACCGGGCGCCUCCGCUACGCGUCCGGCGCGACGCUGGGCUCGCUCGCCGACCUCGCGGGCGAGGCGUCCAUCGACGUCGUCGUCGCACUGCGGCUCCGCCUGUCGCGGCGCUUCGGGGGCGUCGUGGCCCUGCCCGCGAUGCGCUUCGCGCUGCGGCACGCGUCCGACGACGGCGUCGGCCUCCGCUGGCGCGCGGCGCUCGCGGACGUCGCGGAGCCGUCCUGGAGCGAGCGCGCGCUGUCGCUGUUCCUGCCCCUCGGCGCGCUGCGGGAGCUGCUCCGCGAGACGCUCGCGCUGGAGCUCGACGUGCUGCCGCGCGCGGCGGGGGACGCGGGCCCGGCGGACGCGGAGCUCCGGGCCCGGUCGGACGUGCCGCGCCUCGGCGGCUGCCUCGCGGCCAUCGCGCGCGCGUUCAUCAAGGACAAGAUGGGCUCCGCGCUCGCGCUCCUCGCGGACCUGUUCGAGGCCCUCGACGCGGACCUCGCGGCGCUGGCGGCGCCGACGGUCUGCAUGACCGCGCUCCUGCGGCGCGCGCUGCUCUCCUGCGUCGUCGCCGGCGCCGUCGACGUGGCGACGCUCCGCGGCUCCACGAUCGCCAUGGUCGGCGACUCGACCAUGCGGACCCAGUUCGAGCGGCUCUGCGGCCUCCUCAACGCAUCGGCCGCCCGGACGCCGGCGAAGCCGCUCGUCUUCGCCUGCGCCGGUCGCAACGUCACGGUGGCCUGGAUGUCGCCCAAGGACCGCGGCGACUUUGGGUUCCACAAGGGCCUCGAGGCGCUCGGCCACGUGGCAGAAGCGCUCGGGAGGGCGCCGACGGCCAUCUACGCGAACGGCGGGCUUCAUUAUCUGCAUCUCUUGCCGGCUAGAGAUUUCGAGUGCUUCCAGUGCUGGGCCUCGGCGGAGUUUUUCCUACGGCGUUUUGUUGUUGAGAGCCGGCGGCGCUACGCGGGCGCGACGUUGGUCUUCAUGACGGGCCACGCGAUCUGCCGGGCAGGACACAAAAAUGCGAUCUGCGAGGACCGCUACAACCGCGACUACGCGCGGCUCGUCGACCAGCUCCGAAACGACCCGCACGGCUACGCCGUGUCCUGCGUCCGCGCGCUGCGGCCCAAGUUCCCCAUGGGCAUGGACGCGGAAAUCCGCGCGCAGUGCCUCGCGUCGACGUUCACGCGCGACGGCGUCGCGCGGCUCAACGCGCGGCUCCUCGCGACGCUCGGGGGCCUCGACGCGGACGUCGGCGUCGUCGACGGCUUCGGCCUCACGGACGGCCGCUGCGACGAGACCAAGGACGGCCGCCACUACCCGGCGCGCGAGCUCGCCGAAAUCGCCGCGCUCGUCGCGCUCCUGGCGCCGGACGCCGCGAAGCGGCGGGGCGAGGGCCCAUCCCAGCGUAAGCCCAGCGAAAACCAGCCCCAAGCACCCGCCAUGCUCGCGGCCCGCGCCGAGAAAUCGGCCCAGGCGACGUUCCGCGUCGGGACGACCGUCGCUGCCAAGCCCAUCGCAUUCGGCGCGAAAUUCGCCGCGUCCGUCCCCGGCGACGCGCUCUACCGCGGCAAGAUCGUGCGCCUCGAGGACGAGGGCGAGACGGAGGAGGCGCGCGUCUGGGUCGUGCGCUACGACGACGACGGCUCCGAGUACGCGACGAGCGAGAAGCACCUCAGCGCCGUCGCGCCCGCCGCGCGGCGCCCGACGACAACCGCGCGGCCCAAGGCCGCCGCGCCCAAGGGCAAGCUGCACAACCCCUUCGUCGGCAACCUCGACAAGUUCCGCAUCGCCAAGACGAAGCGGCCCGACGCGCCGGCGGAGGCCAAGCGGCCCGCGACGCCCGCCGCCGCGCCCGCGCCCGCGCCCGCCGCGCCCGCCGCGCCGCGGCUCGCGGACAUGCCGAAGCUCGCCUCCGCGCGCGCGGACAUGCCGAAGCUCGUGCCCGCGCGCAAGCCGUCGAACGAGGAGGCGAAGCCGCCGAAGCGCGCGCGGCGCGUCGACUCGAUCCGCGCUCUCAUCCCCGCGCCGGAACCCGCGAAACUCUUCGCGCUCCUGGACCUCGACGGCACGCUCUUCCACAUGAUGCCCGAGGGCGAGCUCCCGGGCGGCCUCGACGUGAUCUGCGAGGGCGUCGUGCCCGUCGACGGGCCCGACGGCCCGCGCCAGGUCAUGGCGGUCAGGCGCGGCGCUAGGAAGCUCCUCUGCGACCUGCACGCCGCGGGCGCGGUCGUCCGCGUCGUCACGGCGAACUUGAUCGGCGUCGAGGCCAUCGCCGCCCUCGCGGCGAGCGAGGCCGACGGCGCCGAGCCCAGGGGCUGGGCGCGCGUCGCGCACGUCGAGGUCGCCGGCUCCAAGAAGCUCCCCGCGGACGUCGCCGCGGCGCUGCGCGCGGGCAACGGCUCCAAGUGCGUCAUCCUCGACGACAACCCGACGGCCUGGGAGGCCUACGCGGCGCGCUACGUCUGGGUCGUGCCCCAGUACGACGUCCGCCGGCCGCUCUCGUCGCAGGCGCUCGAGGAGGAGGUCACGCUCCUGCCGCGCCUCUCCGCGCGCUGCCGCGACCUCUUCGCCAAGGCCGACCGGCCCCGGGCCAACUCGCAGAACGGCCCGACGCCCCGCGGCGGACCGCCGCGGCCGCGGUCGACCUCGCUCGACGACGCCGCGGCGGCGCCGCGGCCGCGCGCGUCGUCCUUCGACGACGAGAAGCGCAAGCCCAACGUCAUCCGCACCUUCUCCGAGUCGCGGCCCCAGCUCUCGCGCCGGGCCGAGCCGGCCCGGAACCUCCAGCCCAUCCGGUCCUUCGACGCCAAGCCGCGGCCGUCGAUCCGGACCUUCGACGACGCCAAGUCGCCCAAAGCGGCCGCGCGGAACCUCGCGCCGCCGGCCCGGGCGCCCGCGCCGGCGCCGCGGGCGCCGCCGCCGAAGAAGGCGCCGGCGCCGAAGAAGGCGCCGCCGAAGCGGAAGAAGCGCGCGGACGACUGGGACUCGGACGACGACUCGGACGACUCGGACGUGCCCCUGAGCCAGCUCAAGCGCCGCCGCGCGGCGCCCGCCGACGACCUCGCCUGCGCGCCGCGCCGCAGCGGCCGGGCGCGCACGCCGACCGCGGCCGCGGCCGCGCGCGACGACUCCGACGCCGACGACUCCGACGACUCGUCCGCCGGCGGCGGCCGCGCGGACGACGACGACGACGAGGACGAGUGGGGCAAGCCGCCGGCGCCCGCGCGGCGCCGCCGCGUCGUCGUCGACGACGACGACGACGACGACGAGGCGCCGGCGCCCGCGCCCGACGCGGCGGCCGCCGCCGCGGCGCAGGCGGACCUCGCGCGCCACGCGGCGCACCUGCUCCGGCCGCCCGCGGCGGCGCCGCCCGCGGAGGCGCCCGCCGACAGCUCCUCCGGCGAGGAGGAGGACAUGGACGAGGGCGCCGUCGUCAUGGCCGUGUCUUUUCCGAAGAAGCACUCCCCGUCCGGGCCGACGUUGUCGCAAACGAUCGUGCCGCGUUGGUCGGGCAGCAUGGGCAAAGGCCGCCUCGGCCUGGGCCGCGUCGCGCCCGCGCCGGCCUCGGUCUGCUACGCGCUGCCGUGCGCCGGCGGCGACGGCGAGCUCGGCGGCAAGGGCGCGCAGCUCAACCUCCUCUUCAAAUCCUUCGGCGCCGGCAACCGGCGCCUCGGCGUGCCCGACGCCAUCGUCGUGCCCGCGCGCUGCUACCGGGCCGUCGUCGCGUCGCCGGCCAUCGCGGCGCUCCUGCGAACCGCCGCCGCCGCCGACGAUCCGGCGGAAAGCGAGGCGGCGCUCGCGCGCGCGCGCGCGGCCGUCGAGCGGUGCGACCUGCCCGACGGGCUGCGAAGGGAAAUCGCGGCCUUCGCGGCGCGCCACGGGUCGCGCGGCGUCGCCUGCCGGUCGUCGGCGUCCUGCGAGGACGCCCUCGACGCGUCCUACGCGGGCCAGUUCGAGACGGUGCUGAACUGCGCGUCCGCGGCGGCCUGCGAGGACGGCGUCCGAAAAGUCUGGGCGUCGACGCUGGCCGCGGGCGUCCUGGCCUACGCCGGCGGCGCGGCGCGGCUCCCCAAGUUCCUCAAGGCCGUCGCCAUGGCCGUCGUGCUCCAGCGCCAGGUGCGCUCCGACGCCGCGGGGGUUUUAUUUACGGUGAAUCCGCGGAACGGCUGCGAGGCCGAGGCCGUCGUCGAGGCCGUCUUCGGCCAGGGCGAGGGCCUCGUGUCUGGCCUCGUGACGCCCGACUCCUACUGGGUCGACACGCUCGACGCCGGCAAGCCGCGGUUCCUCCGGGAGCGCGUCGCGCGGAAGGAGCAGAUGAUCGUCGCUUUACCGGGCGGCGGCGUCGAGACCGUGGACGUGCCGGAGGCGUCCCAGCGCGACCGCGUCCUCCCGCGGCGCGACCUCGCCCUGCUCUGCGGCGCCGGCGCCCAGAUCGCCGACGCGCUCGGCCGCGGCGCGGACGUCGAGUUCGCCGUCGAGGCCUCGAAACGUUUCGGCGGCCGGAAGCUCUGGCUCCUCCAGGCGCGCGCGGUGACGGCGACGAUGGACGGCCCGGCGAGCGUCGGGCCCUGGCGCGGCGCCAACGACGGCACCUGGGAGCGCGACGCCCACGCGACGCGGCCCGUGCCGCCCAUGAACGACUUCUUCGGAGACGUUUUGGCGGACGAGGUCACGCGCGCGCAGACCAAGUACGGCCUGGGCCUCGCGAAGCUGCGCUGCGACCUCGUCAACGGCAUUCCCUACCUCCAGCCCGUGCCCCUCGGCGCGCCGGACCCGCCGCCCGUCGGCCCGCCGCCGCCGGGCCCCGUGCUCGCGGCGCUCUCGCGGCUGCACCCCGCGCUCCGGAGAAACGACCGCGUCGCGCGGCGGACGCUGAAAUGUCGGGGCUGGAUGGCCGACAUCCGCGCGUGGAAGGACACCGAGCGCGCCGCGCGCGAGGCCGCCGCGCGGGCGCUCGGCGCCGUCGACCCGAAACAGCUCGGCGACGGCGACCUCGCGGACCACGUCGAAACCGCCGCGGUCGAGAUGGCAAAGGCCUGGGCGAGCCACCAGCGCUACACGGCGCCCUGCCUCCUCACGACGGCCGCCGUCUUCGCCCGGUGCGACCCCGGCGACGCCGCGGGCCGGCGCGCCUUGCUCGCGGACGUCGCGGCGGCCGGGAGCAACAGGCGCGACUUCUGGGACCACUCGCCCGAUCGCCCGCUCUACGAGGCCUUUUCCGCCUGCCCCGAGGCGCUCAAGGCCCUCGGCUGGGCCCGCAAGGUCGUGCGGUCGAAGAGCGACAGCGCCGCGGCGAUCUACCUCGGCGAGGUCGUCGACGCGGCGUCGCCCGUGCGAGAGGCCGCGGCGGACUACCUCGCCGCGGUGAGCGACCGCGUCGUCGGCGCCUACGACGUCGCGGCGCCGGCGCUCCGCGAGUCGCCCGCGGCGCUCUUCGAUUUAUUUCACGCGGCCGCGACGACGCCCCCGCCGGAAGUCGCGACGGCGGCGGCGACGGCGGCCGCGGACGCGGCCGUGGCGGCGCGCGCGAAGCCGGAGCAUCGCAAACUCGUCGGCGAGCUCCUCGCCGACUGCCGCGAGGCCUACCGCGUCCGCGACGAGCGGGCCCUGUUCAACGACGCCUGGCUCAACGGCGUCGGCCGGCGCGCGCUCCUCGAGGUCGGCGCGCGGCGCUUCGUCGACGCGGCGCGCGGCGCGUGGCUCUCGGCCGCCGAGGCCGGCGAGCUGCUGAGGCACCGGAGUCGGCCGCGGUCGCGGCCGGAGAAGCUCCUCCACUGGGAGCACCGCUGCAAGGGCCGCGCGGACCGCGCCCGGGCCUUCAACCAGAUGCUCGACAGCCCCGCGGUCAUCAACGGGCCGCGCCACCCGCCGCCCCAGCUCGGGAAAUGGUUCCCCAAGGGCGGCUGCGGCGAGCUCACGGACGCGUUCCUCGCGGUCAUCAACGUCGCGCUCAUGGGCUCGGACUGCGAGGACGAGUUCGCGGCGGGGAACCUGGCGCCGGGCGCGGCCGUGCUCCGGGGCAUGCCCGCGUCUUCCGGCGCCGAGGGCGCGCUGCGGGCGCGGGUGCGGGUGGUGGACGAGGCCACGUUCCCCGAGCUGCGGCGGGGCGAGGUCGCCGUGCUCAACUUCACGAACUCGUCGUUCAACGCCUACCUGAACCGCUGCGGCGCCGUCGUCACGAACACGGGCGGCGCGCUGAGCCACGCGGCCAUCUGCGCGCGCGAGGCGGCGAUCCCCGCGGUCUGCGGCUGCGCGCACGCGACGGACGUGCUCGCGACGGGCGACGUCGUCGAGGUUGACGGCGCCCAGGGCACCGUGACCAUCCUAAAACGCGCGGCGGACGCGUAAGGAUGUUUCUAGGGCUU